UACUUGAGAAAUUAGGUAUGGCAUGUUUCUAUCUCUAGGCGAUGGGGCCUAUAGCCAGGUGUUCAAAGUAAGACGUAGUUCUGACAUGGACUACUAUGCUUUAAAGCUAAUAAAACUUGGGAAAUUAAGCGAGAAGGAAGUGCUGAACUCUCUUAACGAAGUGCGGAUCUUAGCCUCUAUUAGUAACAAGAAUGUUAUUUCUUAUAAAGAAGCCUUUUAUGAUACAGAGAAAGAGGCUCUGUGCAUUAUAAUGGAAUAUGCUAAUGAUAAAGACCUGUACCAAUAAAGAUUAGCAUUCAGAAGAAGAAAGACCAGUAUUUUGAUGAAGAUUAUAUAUGGUCAGUGUUUAUCCAGGUCCUCAGAGGACUCAGAAGCUUACACAA